GCGCUCAGCGUUACUGUCGUUUGAUUUUGCGAUCGUAAAAUGCCUGAACCUGCCAAGUCUGCGCCCAAGAAGGGCUCCAAGAAAGCGGUGACCAAAACCGCUGGCAAGGGAGGAAAGAAGAGGAAGAGGACCAGGAAGGAGAGCUAUGCCAUCUACGUGUACAAGGUGCUGAAGCAGGUCCACCCCGACACCGGCAUCUCGUCCAAGGCCAUGAGCAUCAUGAACUCGUUCGUUAACGACAUUUUUGAACGCAUCGCUUCUGAGGCUUCUCGUCUGGCGCACUACAACAAGCGCUCCACCAUUACCUCCAGGGAGAUUCAGACCGCUGUCCGCCUCCUGCUGCCUGGUGAGCUGGCUAAGCACGCCGUUUCUGAGGGCACCAAGGCUGUUACCAAGUACACCAGCUCCAAGUAAACUCCUGGUUAACGUCACGAACCCAAAGGCUCUUUUAAGAGCCACCCACAUUUUCUA